AUGAACUUUGACCCUCUCCCUCCCGUGAGUGAUUUGCCUCAAAAUGUUCAAGCAAACAUACAGACUGAAUAUCACAAUCGCCGACCAGAACUCGAAAACAUCAUUACUAGACUACUUGAGAAGCCCUAUACAAUUGAUGUGGAACUAUGUGCUGCCUGGCCAUACGCUCGCAGAAACGGAAACUCGAACUUAGGCGUUGAAGUUUUCGAAUAUUUCGAGGGAUUCACGCUAGCGCUAGAGAGAUUUGUCAGCUGGUUCGGGGAGGCUGGAAAGCGCUGUUUCAAUGGUGUGGUUGUGCAACAAAAAAUAUGUCUCAAGCUCAAUCCUCUCCAUGGUCGAUUCGCGAGCCCGGUAUCCCAAUCUGUCGACGAUGGCAUCUAUUCCAUCCUCUUCCACCCAGACUGGUUUGGCAGAGCGCAAUGUGUGCCUCGCGACCACUUCACUGUCGAGGGCAUACAGUUAAUUAUCGACCGCCUACAAGUGCCUCUGAAUCUUCUGGGAAAUUCUUUCAACCUCUUUGCGCAGCGCUCUAUCAAUGUGAAGUAUGACACAAGGCUUGUAGAGGCUACGCGACGUCAUCUCAGUGAGCUUCUGGGAACAUCUGUGUUCCUGAACCCCAACUGGGGUGAGGUUUACAGUGUGCUGCAAGCAGCGAAAAUGCCUAUUACAACCAUUGAUCUCGGUGCAUGCGCUCUUGAACGUUUUACAGAGCUUUACGAACAGCUGAAGGAGCUCCCAGAAAUGCACCAUCCAGCUACAAGACAGCAGCUACAACAUCUCACUGGCUCCGCCACCGAAGUUCGUAUCCAAAUCUUGGAUCAGAAUAUAUCUGAAUUCAAUCCGGUGGUUCUGGAACCUGGAAUUAUGUGGAUUCAGUUCACUCCAGACGGAUUUUGCGAUGGAUUUUGUCAGACUGGGAGCAGCCUGCUGGAAUGCUUAACUUCUGCUGAAAUUAAUGUUGAAUAA